AUGAUGAAAGCACUCGUCUACAAUGGCCCGGGCAAAUGCGGCCUGGAGGAUCGUCCAAUCCCCAAGAUCCAGGAAGCUUCAGAUGCUAUCGUGAAAGUGGUCUAUACAACAAUCUGUGGGACAGACACGCACAUCCUGAAGGGAGAUGUGCCGACAUGUACACCAGGUCGCGUCUUAGGACAUGAAGGUGUUGGCGUUGUUGAGGAACCAGGCUCUGGAGUUUCCCGGUUCAAGAAAGGAGAUCGUGUCCUCAUCAACUGCAUUUCCAGCUGUGCAACCUGUAACUACUGCCGAAGAGGGAUGCCCAGCCACUGCGUAAGUGCAGGAUGGAUCCUCGGGAACACGAUCGACGGGACUCAGGCCGAAUACGUUCGAAUCCCGUACGCUGACAGUGGUCUACACCACGUCCCCAAAGGAGUCGACGAGAAGGCGCUUGUUAUGUUGUCCGACAUUUUCCCCACGGGACUUGAAUGCGGGGUGCAGAAUGGCAAAGUUCAGCCCGGUUCGACAGUCGCCAUCGUUGGCGCGGGUCCCGUGGGCCUCGCAGCACUGAUGACUGCCAGGCUCUACUCACCCAGUUUGAUCAUUAUGAUCGACCGGGAUCCCAACCGUCUCAAAGUCGCAAAGUGGUUCGGGGCCCACCACACUGUGAACAGUGCAGAAGCGUCGCCUCUGGAAACUGUCAUGAGUCUUACGGACAACAUCGGUUGCGACACUGUGAUGGAAGCCGUCGGGAUCCCCGAGACACUGGAACUGGCGCAAGACCUUGUCGCGCCGGGCGGGACCAUUGCAAACAUUGGCGUGCACGGCAAGAGUUGUGAGCUGAAGAUCGAGAAGUUGUGGGUCCACAACAUCUCGCUGACUACAAGAUUGGUCGACACGGUUACCACGCCCAUGUUGUUGAAGCUGUUCGCCGCGGGAAGCAUCAAUCCUGGACAGUUGAUUACACACGAGUUCCCGUUCACGGAGAUGAUGAAGGCAUACACCACGUUCAAAGCGGCUGCUGAGCACGACGCGUUGAAGAUGCUGAUUACGAUGUAA